AUGAUUUUUUUAUUAUUUAUUAUUGAAGUCUACUCUUUGCAAUUUCAAUCCUUUGUUCACAUCAUUCCGCAUCCAGAUAAAGUAGCUAAAGGAGGAGAGGAUGCCUAUUAUGCAAACGAGAAUUUACUAGCAGUGGCAGAUGGAGUUGGAGGUUGGAAUAAUCAAGGAGUUGAUCCAUCCAAGUAUUCAAAAACUCUUUGUGAAAACAUUAAGGAAUAUUCUCAUUUGGAUAAUCCUAAAGAGAUUAUGCAGAUUGCUUCAGAAUUAACAAAUCACAUUUUAGGAAGCAGUACAUUGGUUUUAAUGAAGUUAAUUGAUAAUAUACUGAAAGUGGCUAAUAUUGGAGACUGUGGAUAUACGAUUAUCCGAAAUCAAGAAAUAUUGCAUCAAUCACAGGAGUAAUAGCAUUCCUUUAAUUUCCCAUUUUAAUUGGGACCUUAGGGAGAUAGUGCUUAAUUAGCCUAAGAAUUCGAGCACACUUUACAGAUCAAUGAUAUUGUAAUAGUGGGUUCAGAUGGAUUGUAUGAUAAUCUUGAUGAGAAUUAAAUCUUGAAGAUUAUCAAUGAAUAUGGAGUCAGUCAAAGUUCUGCUUAACUAUUGGCAAAAACAUCCUUCUAAUAUUCGUUAGAUAAAUCAUACAGCUCUCCUUUUGCCAAAAGAGCUCAAAAAUCAAGAAUUAGGUUUAUGGGAGGAAAAAGCGAUGAUAUUACAGUCAUUGUAGCAAGAGUAAUCAGUAGUAAUGAGUUAUGAAUAGCAUUAAUAAUUGUAAUAAAAUAUA